AUGACUCUUGCUGAUUCAUCUUUUACCACCUCAAAAGCUAAAGCAGAUGCUUUUAAUAAAUUCUUUGCCUCCGUGUUUCUUCCUCGCCCCGACAAUCCAUGUCUUCCAACUCCUACCACGGAAUUUGACAACUCAACCGAGUUCACUCCAGUUUCCAUUGAAGAAGUCCUCAGUCUGUUAUCUGCGUUAUCUACAGGAAAAGCUACGGGUCCAGAUGGGAUAUCUGCGAGAUUAUUGAAAGAGUGCGCUGACGUUAUUGCUCCAUCCCUUACUGAACUAUUCAACAAGUCGUUAGCCUUGGGUAAGGUUCCUACAGAGUGGAAGUAUGCAAAUAUCGUUCCCGUUCCCAAAACCAAAGAAACUCGCAUCAUCAGCAUCUACCACCCAAUAUCCUUACUAUCCCUUGUGUCUAAAGUCCUUGAGCACGCGGUCCACGCCCGAACCCUCUAUAUCGUCAAACCUCUACUCCACUCCCAACAACAUGGCUUUCGUGCAGGGAGAUCCUGUAUCACCCAACUACUCGAUGUUGUACACAAUAUUGGUAAGGCAUUAGACUCUGGAAAAUAAAUUGACAUGAUAUAUCUGGACUUUUCAAAAGCGUUUGACUCUGACUUCCCCACGAUAAACUAAUUGUGAAACUCAAAAAAUUUGGAAUAACAGGACGGCUUUUGCACUGGUAUAACGACUAUUUAUUGGGACGAAAACAACGUGUUGUAGUAGAUGGUGUUUCGUCGAGCUAUCUUGAUGUGACAUCCGGAGUUCCACAAGGAAGUAUUGUCGGCCUCCUACUCUUCCUGGUCUAUGUUAACGACCUCCCUGACGCUGCUGAAUACAGUAAAGUACCCAUGUUUGCCGACGACAGCAAAUGUUAUUGA